AAAAAAAAAGGCUUUGGAAAAAGAGGAAAUUAGAGUAUAAUUUUUUUUUCCGCCCAACCCUAAUAAAAAAGCCUCGACGCCAUUUCUUCUUCUCCCUCGCGCCUCCUUCACUGUCUCUCUCUCUCAAACUCGCGCCCAUCCUAUCGAUUUCCCAGGUUGAUAUCAUCGUUACCUGAGGGGACUAUUUGGUAAAGUUUGGGUUUUUAAUUGAUGGGAACACCAGAAGCAUCUCGAGAGCCUUGCCCUGACCGUAUCCUCGAUGACAUCGGUGGUGCGUUUGGUAUGGGAGCUGUUGGAGGAGCCGCCUUUCACUUCCUUAAAGGGACAUACAAUUCCCCGAAAGGAGGUCGCUUUGUUGGAGGAACACAAGCGGUGAGCAUGAACGCUCCUCGUAUUGGAGGCAGCUUCGCUGUUUGGGGAGGUCUAUUCUCGACAUUUGAUUGCACCAUGGUGUACAUCAGGCAGAAGGAGGAUCCAUGGAACUCAAUCAUUGCAGGUGCUGCAACCGGAGGGUUCCUGUCGAUGAGACAAGGGCCUACAGCAGCUGUAAGAUCAGCCAUUUUUGGAGGAGUUUUGCUUGGUUUGAUUGAAGGAGCAGGGAUUAUGUUGAACAAGCUAAUGACUCCGCCUCAGCCUGGUCAAAUGAUGGAGGAGCAGCCUGUUCCUGGAAUGCCCGGGAUGCAGGGGAUGCCUGGAAUGCCUGGAAUGCAGAUGCCGAAUCAAGGACAGAUGAUGCCGGAGAAUACUGCUUCAUCAUCAUCAUGGUUGGGAGGGCUUUUUGGUAAGAAGAAUGAUGAGCAGCAAACGAGCAGCGGAAGUGAAACAAAGGUAUUAGAGAGUUUUGAUGCACCUCCGGUGCCGUCAUUUGAAUACAAGUAAGCUUGUGGAUGGAUCUCUCUGUUAUCCUAAAUCGUUGCCUUCUCUGCCUUCAAAGUCUGUUUAGUGUAUGCACUUCAACGGUCUGUUUUAGUUUUAUAGUUGUCGGUCUAUCUGCAGAAUUCUCCUUGUUCAUGGGAGAAUCUACACACUCUCCUUCUCUCUCUAUCUUCUUUCGAUUAAAGUUGUGUUCGACGUGCUGUGUGCGCAGUCUUGGAGGAAUAUUCUCAUUGUGAAAUCAUUCCCCAACUAUUGUUGGUUCUUAAAUAAUGUAGUUUUAGAUUUUUAUAAUAGGCCCCAGUGGGAAUGUUUGAGGAUUUGAGCAAUGAAAAUGAAUCCUUUGAAGUUCAA